UGUUUGUAGUUUUUUAACGCCGCCUGCUGGGUUUCGCUUUUGAACGGAGGACGUCGAGGAAACCCCGGAACUACAAAUAAAAGUGUCCUACUUGGAUUGUACAGCACAGUUUACACAGGUAACGUUAUGGCCACCGCGCCACAGCCUUCUCUCCAUAUGAGAUCGACUGAUCUCAUCAAGAAAGAGCCCCUGGACUACGGAGGAUUUGGAGAGGUGUACCUGUGUUACCAUGUAACCCUCGGCCAGGUGGUGUUGAAGACUAUGUAUACAGGCCCUCUUCGUAACGAGGAGAGUAAAAGGUCACUGCUGGAGGAAGGGAACAUCAUGGCAAGCCUGAACCAUGAACGGGUGGUCAAGUUGCUGGGUGUGAUCAUGGAGGACAGGGAUUGCUCGCUGGUCAUGGAACUCAUCCCCAGAGGCAACUUGUUGGUCAUGCUCGAGACGGUCUCUGUGCCAAUAUCAAUCAAGGGCAGAAUCAUUUUAGAGAUUUUGGAAGCGAUGGUGUACCUCACCGAGAAACACGUCAUACACAAGGACAUCAAGCCAGAAAACAUUUUAGUGGACAAGGAUUUUCACAUCAAGAUUGCAGACCUUGGCCUGGCCACCUGCCAGACAUGGAGCAAACUCACAAAGGAGGAGUCUCGCAGGAAGAGUCGACUGGGGCGAUCUGCUGGGGCGAGAGCCGCUGGCACACUGAGCUACAUGGCCCCUGAGCACCUGGAGAGUGUACAUACAGCCUCCACUGAGAAGUCCGAUGUCUACAGCUUCGCCAUUGUGGUUUGGGUUAUCCUCACUGGUGAAGAGCCAUAUGCAAAUGCCAGGAGUGAAGACCAAAUGAGCCAGUGUGUCCGAAACGGUGACCGGCCGGCAGAGGAACGUAUCCCAGGCAACACGCCUGCAGAGAUAAUUCAGAUGAUGAAGAGGUGCUGGGAUCACAAUCCACAGCAACGACCAACAUUUAAAGAGAGCUACGACUUCUUCCGUUCUUUCUACACAGAAAAGCUUGAACCACAUGUAGAGGAAGAUCUACUUGUUCUGAUGAAAUCUUAUGAAGGCCCAGAGGACCUUGUUGAGAAGAUGAAAUCUUUAUUGGUGACCCCUGAUUGUUUUUCAGCAGAUUUCCCAGCUUCUUUAGUGAGUUCAGACAGAAUUGUAUCGGUGCCAGUUGAAGCCAGUAUUGAGGACCUGCAUGACAUCCAAAAUGAGCCUAUUGAGGCAGAUGCAAAAGCAGUUAGCAGCCCUUCAGUUCUGGAGGAGAAACUGGAUCGGGAGUUUCAGUACCACAAACACGGUAGCUAUAACAGUGACAACCAGCCUGACGCUGCCAACUGCUACCAUCACAACACCUCAAAUCCUUUCCUGCCAAACCACUUCAACACUUCAGAUCAUGCGAUAAGGCAACCUGAACAAGACAGAUCCUCCUCUGUCCAUUCCUGGACAAAAGCUGAGCCAGUGCAGCCCACCAGCCAGGAAGAGGUUUGGCGUCGCCCUACUGCUGGUCUCUAUGAUUCCAUGAACUCUACCACACCUACUCCAUCCCACUUGCCAAUGUCUGCCAGCACCUCUUCUCUACCACAGUUUAACCAACAUCCACAUUCCCACUUUGACCGCCAGCAGUCCUGGCCAGCUUACCCAGUGUCUGAUACAUCUGCUCCUGACAUCAGCCCGGGGCGUCUCCUGGCCCCUUCCAAGGGCAGCUCGCUACAAGAUCCAGGAUCUCUUUUCAUUCAGAAUGCCAGCGGGAUCCAAAUUGGGAGCAACAACACGAUGAGUAUCAGGAGUUGCGAGUCCUCCAGUAGUUUAUUGUCUCAACCUUCUAAUGGCUCAGCUUACAGUCUCAUCAAAGAAGGCAUUCUGAAAUACGAGGAUCAUGCUGUGACUGAAGAGCACCUGGAUCUGCUGAGGGAAAACAUCGGGAACAAAUGGAAGCGCUGUGCGCGGAAACUGGGUCUGACCAGUGUGGAAAUAGAGACCAUUGAGCAUGACUAUUACCGUGAUGGUCUGCCAGAGAUGGUGCACCAGAUGCUGGAUCGUUGGAAAAUGAAGGAGGGAAGCAUUGGCUGCACAAUCGGGAAGCUUUGUCGAGCUCUGGAAGGCAACAUAAAGGUCGAUGUCAUUCAGAAAAUAUUGGACACUUGCGGCUCUUCCUCUUUGAUCUGAUAAACUUUAGCAGAUUUGCCCUCUAACUGACAUUCUGCCUUAUGAUGUCCAUGUUUUCUGGGCCUAAUAUUUAAAGGCUCUCUUCAAACCAAAACCAAGAAAACAUUUGGGUUUUAUGUGCCAUGGGUUUUAUAUAUUCUCUCUGUCAUGCUGAAUAUAGUAAUAUGUUGUCAAAGCACGGAAAAUGGCAUAUGGGAAGAAUAUGUUGGUUACUCAUGUUAACCACAGAGCUCACUGUCAACUGUUUUCAUCGGGAAAUUGUCUUUGGUAGCUAAACAAACACUCGUAGUCAUGUGAUAUGAUAACAUGAUUACUUUGACUCGGGAAAGUUAAAACUACCAAGCUUAUCUUAAUGAACAGUAGAGAGGAACAUGGUCAGGGUUCAAGGUCUUCUAAUUAUUCAAUUCAAAAAUCAUUGUUCAAUUUGUAAUUCAUUGUAAUAAGAUAAUGAUUUGCUUUCAUGUGUAAACAAGUCAAAGCAAGAAUUAUUACAAUGGUAAUAUUUUUUAUACAAACGCUGUCAAGUGUUGAAAAAGACUGGUUACUGUGGCUUUAACAGAAUUAUAAAUUCAUAUUCAGGGACAAUCAAAUGGUGUGUGGUAAACAUUUAUUCCAGCACAACACAAAUGUAAUGACUCAAAGCACAAAUGAGUCUGUAAAAAGCUGCAAAGUGGUUUCAAGGGGGUGGGGGGUUCAAAUUGUACAGGACAGGAACUUUAGAACAAUAUUCUACCAAUACAUGUGUGUUCUUUUUGUCAUCUGUGUGUCCAGUAGGGGUCAGCAGAUAAAAUGUUGGUAAGAGCAUCAAACUGUCUCUUUUGAUCUAAGACCAGCUGUAGAUUAUGUACCCCUCCCUUUUCCCCAAAUUACUGUAACAGUGUACAAAUGACUAAUUAGCUACUUGUUGGGAGUUUUCAGUGUGUGGAGUUAAUGUGAUGAUAUCUGAAUAUCUUUAGCUGCUGCGCUGUAUUGUGUCAAGUAUUUUUACAUGAUUACAAAAUACUGUUCUCACCAUCCGAAGGUUGUUCUCGAUGAUGUCUUCAUGUCUUUACAUUAUCAUUACAAAAUUAAUUGUGCUUUUGUGUAUGUAUGUGUGGGUUUUACAUUUCGUGAUAUAGUGCUCACUACACAAUAGUAGACUUUUUUGCAGCAUCACAAAAAAAACUUUUCCUCCAUAAUUCCACAAAGCUUUACUUAAACCUCUCUGGAUUUACUGGAAAGCCAUUUGAUGAACAGAAUAAACUGUGAGUACAUAUGUUCAUGAAA